AUGGAAAAAACCUGGACGGUAGUCAAAUUUCCUGAUGAAAAUGAUGCUGUGGAAGUAGUACCCACUUCUUGGUUGUAUGAGGAACUUUACUACUGGCCACCCUUCACCAAGAAUACUAUUAGAGAGACAAUUGAACGCUGCAGCAGUCCUGAUAAAAAUUGGCCAUCUUUUAAAUUUGAGCACCUUAAAAAUAAUGUUGCUGGUAGCUGUCAAGAAACUAAAAGGAAAGUGUAUUACGCCACCCAAAAAUCGGAUCUAGAGUCUGACUCACAAAGUUACAUAGCUAGGGGUUUAAAAAAAAGAAAAAUUUUAAAAAAAGAUUUGAACAGCAACAUUCAGAAAGAUACACCAUCAACAAGCAGGGGUGCCAGUUCAUCUUUACCAGCCCUUGUCUCUGUGUUUAAAAUACAUCUUGAUUAUUUUUUAGAUACUGCUACAAAUCACAUAAUUAUAGAGCAUUUAAAAAGGUUGCUUAAAAAGCAAAAUAUUUUGCAAAGUAUGUUGCAAGAUGUUGUAAGUGACAUCGAUGAAAUAAAAAAGAGGCUCAACAAACGAGACGAAGAAAAUUCUUUGCAGGUCCAGGGGCAUGCUUCGUCUCUAUUUACAGAACUUGAAUAUUUACCAGUAGGCAACCAACAAGAACUUGAUAAAUUUGAAACAUACCCAUCCGAGGAAGUUAAUAUGAAAAAAAGUGUAAUGGCGCUGUACAAAAUUGGAGGCAAAAAUGUGUAUGAUUUUAUAUUCCGAGCAACAGGUUUGUUAAUUUCUGACAAAUUUGCAGGAGCAGAAUACAGCUUCUUGUGCAGAAAAUCAAAAAAGAGUUUUAAGGCACUGAAGUUUUCAGAGUUAUUAGUGCGCUGCCGACUAGUAAACAACAUAUCAAGCAGUAAAGUCUUUAGAGAAAUGGAGAAUACUCAUAACAUCUACUUUCAAAAAUAUUGGCAAAAUUCUCAAGACAUUGAUCUAGCAUAUGGUGUUAAGUAUGAUUGGAGAACUUCAAGGUGGUUACUUGGCGAAAAAGAAAUAAUAUUUAGGGAUGGCCAUAUACAGAUUGAUGAUAAAACUUUCAACUCCACCAAUGGUUUAUAUAAUCUUAUAUUUUACAAGAAACCUCAGAAAUAUACGCCAAAUGAUUUGUCAAUAUAUAAACAGUUACUUGAGUUUAGUGGGGUACAUAGGGACUGUAAAGGAAGAUUACGUCACAGGGGUGACAUCCGCAAAUUUGAGUCAAUCAUUAGACCGUUGUUCAUUUCUAAACGUAAACGAAAAAACCGACAAGCAACUAAGUUUCUUAAUGCUCAAGUGAAUAAGUUAAUACCGCCAUUUCCUCUUUAUACGGAUAACAUACAAGUUCAUGAUGAUGAUGAUGAUAAAGGGUACGCUGUAGUAAACAACGCCAUAAAACAUACCAAAUUUAUAGAAAAAAAUACGCAGGAAGACCUCAAUUCAAAACCCAAAAUCAGAAGAGGAUAUAUUCGUAAUGGUGAAAUACACUAUGUAUAA